CUGACUUUCUCUUUCCAUCUUCUCCUUCUUUUCUACUUUUUGUCUUUCGUCUCUGCAUUUUCCUUUUCCAAAAAAAUUCUGUCAAUAUAAUGUCUGAUAACGUUGCUCACGCUCUAUCAGGUGCCGGUGGUGGUAUUGUUUCAAUGGUUUUGACUUAUCCACUAGUCUCCAUCAGUUCUCGGCUUCAAGUACAGAAGAAUAAUGCCACAAAGGACGCUUAUAAGAAUACCUUGGAUGCAUUUGUCAAAAUUUUAGCAAAGGAAGGACCUAAGGGUUUAUACUCUGGUUUGAGCUCUGGUAUUUUCGGUAUCGCUGUUACUAAUGGUGUGUACUAUUAUUGCUAUGAAGCUGUAAGGGCUAUUUUUGAAAAGGCUAAAGGUAAGGGCAAGCCCAUGAGUACUGGUGAAUCUAUGCUUGCUGGUGCCCUUGCUGGUAGCGCUGUCGUUUUUGCUACUCAUCCUAUUUGGACAGUCAAUACUCGUUUGACUGUUAGAAAAGGUGUUGAAGGUUCUGAUAAGACUGUUAAACCUUCUGCUUUUGCUGUUGCCGCUCAAAUCCUUAAGAAUGAAGGAUUGCCUGGUCUUUAUGCCGGUGUGCGUGCCGCUUUGAUCCUAGUCAUUAAUCCCAUCAUUCAAUACACUGUUUUUGAACAGGUGAAGAUUAAGGUCUCUAAGUACAAACAAUUGGGCAAUAUGGACUUCUUCCUUUUGGGCGCCCUAUCUAAGCUCUGUGCUACAGCUAUUACAUAUCCUUACAUCGUUAUCAAAUCUCGCAUGCAAGUUAGUCAACAAAAUGAAGAAAAAUACACCUCCAUUUAUGACGGUUUCAAGAAAAUUAUUGCAAGCGAGGGUAUUGCUGGCUUAUACAAGGGUAUAUCCUCCAAGAUUGUCCAAUCUGUUUUGACAGCAGCUUUCCUUUUCCUUGCUAAGGAAGUCUUAUUCGACUGGUCCGUGUGGGUCCUUGUACUUCUUGGUGCACGAAAGCCUCGCAUUGCUGCUGUUAAGGCCUAAAUUUUAACUACCAGUAAGAUCUCUUACUCCUUCGUUAUGUAUACUUAUUUAUCGCGCCUUAAUGUAUAAAUAUUUCAUUGGAAUAGCAGUUUGCCAUUCCUGCAAUUACCCCUAUACGUCGUCAGGAGGACAAACAAAAUAAACCUUUAGAAUUGUUUCUCGAUAGAAAAUGUCUUCGAUAUUCAGC